CUUGGCCUGCUGGGUGUGGCACAGCAACCAGGAGCGACUUGAGCUGUGUGGCUUUGGGACACUGCCACUCCCCUCUGAAUCUCAAUAGCCUACUCUGUCACAUAAGAAAACCUCUGCGAUCCCAGCCGGCCCUGGGUUGUGGAGCUCUGCAUCUGCAUGCGGGGCUUUCCUCGCGUGUUACAUAAGGCUCUGGGGUGGCGGGAAGAAGGGGGCGUAGGGAGGCGCGGCGGGGACCGGCGGCGAGGUGGGGCACCGCGCGUGGGGGAGCACAGGGCGCGGCGGAGUCGGGUUUCAGAGCGCGGGUGACUCAGGCGCGGGCGGCAGCAGGGAUCCCGCCGUUGCCGCCGAGCGCAGCCUUUGUUCCGCGGGCGAAGUGGAGCUAGGGUCCGGCGGCUGCACCAUGACACACAGGAGGACUGCACAGGACCGGCGCCGGAGGUGGUUGCUCUCCAUCAUCUCCACGCUGCUCUCCGCUGUCCUGCAGACGCGCGCUGCGACAGGGUCAACCUCCCAGGACCGCCUGGACCUCACAGAGCUCAUUGGUGUCCCACUACCCUCGUCUGUGUCCUUUGUCACCGGCUAUGACGGUUCCCCGGCUUUCAGCUUUGGGCCUGGUGCCAAUGUCGGCCGCCCAGCCAGGACCCUCAUCCCGUCUACCUUCUUCAGGGAUUUCGCCAUUGGUGUGGCCGUGAAGCCCAACAGUGCCCAAGGGGGCGUGCUCUUCGCUAUUACCGACGCUUUCCAGAAAGUCAUCUACCUGGGCCUGCGGCUUUCCGCUGUGGAGGACGGCCGCCAGCGGGUUAUCCUCUACUACACGGAAGCAGGCUCGCACGUGUCCCGUGAAGCUGCUGUUUUCUCCGUGCCCGUGAUGACCAACAGGUGGAAUCGUUUUGCUGUCACUGUCCAGGGUGACGAAGUGGCCCUCUUCAUGGAGUGUGAGGAACACAGCCAAGUCCUUUUCCAGCGAUCUUCCUGGCCUUUGACGUUUGAGCCCAGUGCCGGGAUCUUUGUGGGCAAUGCAGGAGCCACGGGCCUGGAGAGAUUCACGGGUUCCAUACAACAGCUUUCCAUCUAUUCAGACCCCAGGGCCCCUGAGGAGCUGUGUGAAACCCAAGAGUCCUCGGCAUCUGGAUAUGCCAGUGGGCUUCCGGAGAUGGAUGAAGUCGCUGAAAUCAUGGAAGCUGUCACCUACACGCAAGCCCCGCCUAAAGAAGCACACGCUGAUCCCAUAAGCAUGCCCCCUACUUCUUCCUCUCCUGCUGAGGACACGGAGCUUUCUGGUGAGCUGGUGCCAGAAGGAACCCCAGAAACUAACUUGAGCAUCACCGGACACAGCAUCCCUGAGCAAGGGUCUGGUGAGAUCCUGAAUGAUACACUGGAGGUCCAUGCUAUGGAUGGGGACCCUAGUACUGGUGAUGGUUCAGGGGAUGGGGCCUUUUUGAACGUCACUGAUGGUCAGGCAAUAUCAGCAACAGCAACUGGGGAGGCCAGGGUGCCUGCCACCACUGCGCUGGAAGCAGAGAAUGGCAGUAUGCCCACUGGGAGCCCUAUCCUGGCCAUGUUUACCCAGAACAUCAGGGAAGCGGACACUCCAGAUCCAGAAAAUCUAACGACAACAGCAUCAGGGGAUGGUGAGGUGCCCACCGGCACUGAUGGGGACGCAGAGGCUGGCAGCUCGCCCACUGGAGGGCCAACCCUGAAGCCAAGAGAAGAGGCCACUCUGGGUUUGCACGGUGAAGAAUGGUUAACCCCAGCUGUGUCCAAAGUGCCCCUCCGUACUUUUGAGGAGGAGGAAGCCAGCGGGACUGCCAUCGACAGCCUGGAUGUCCUCACACCUACAGUGGUCCUUGAGCAAGCCAGCGGGGGACCUACAGGCAUCCAAGCCACUUUUACACCUACAGUGGUCCUUGAGCAAGCCAGCGGGGCCCCUACAGACACCCAGGCUGCUCUCACACCCACAGUGGCCCCUGAGCAAAUGUUUACUGCUUCACCCAUGGAUGGAGAAGACUUGGUGGCUUCUACAGAGGAAGCUGAAGAGGAAGGAUCUGGUAGCACGCCCCCCAGUGGGCCCCCGCUCCCCACACCCACAGUGACUCCCAAGAGGCAGGUCACCCUGGUAGCCGUGGAGGCCGAGGGGUCAGGCCCUGUUGGGGGCUUGGAUGAAGGUUCAGGCUCUGGAGAUAUCGUGGGCAAUGAGGAUCUGUUGAGAGGUCCUCCGGGUCCCCCAGGCCCACCGGGAUCACCUGGGAUUCCAGGGAAACCAGGAACUGAUGUUUUCAUGGGACCCCCAGGGUCUCCUGGAGAAGAUGGAGCGCCUGGUGAGCCGGGACCUCAGGGCCCUGAGGGACAGCCUGGACUUGAUGGAGCCUCUGGCCAGCCUGGAAUGAAAGGAGAGAAGGGAGCAAGAGGGCCUAACGGUUCGGCUGGCGAGAAGGGUGACCCUGGAAACAGAGGCUUACCAGGUCCCCCAGGGAAGAAUGGAGAAGUUGGCACUCCUGGGGUCAUGGGACCACCAGGGCCUCCUGGACCCCCUGGGCCUCCAGGCCCGGGAUGUACAACAGAACUUGGAUUUGAGAUUGAAGGUUCUGGGGACAUCCAGCUGCUGAGCAAGCCCUCGUCUCCAAGUGGUCCCAAAGGAGAGAAAGGAGAACAAGGCGCCAAGGGUGAACGGGGAACAGACGGAACCAGCACUAUGGGGCCACCGGGGCCUAGGGGACCACCUGGGCGUGUCGAGAUCCUGUCCAGUUCUUUGAUCAACAUCACCAAUGGAUCCAUGAAUUUCUCAGACAUUCCUGAGCUCACGGGGCCUCCGGGGCCAGAUGGUGUGCCAGGGCUGCCAGGAUUUCCAGGCCCCAGAGGACCAAAAGGUGACACAGGUGUGCCUGGAUUCCCAGGGCUAAAAGGAGAACAGGGUGAGAAGGGCGAGCCUGGUGCCAUCUUAACUGGGGACAUCCCUCUGGAAAUGGUGAAGGGGAGAAAGGGUGAACCUGGAGUCCACGGAGCACCAGGACCCAUGGGACCCAAAGGACCACCGGGACACAAAGGAGAAUUUGGCCUCCCAGGACGACCUGGUCGCCCAGGACUGAAUGGCCUCAAGGGUGCCAAAGGAGAUCGAGGGGUCACGCUGCCUGGUCCACCUGGCCUACCUGGACCCCCAGGACCUCCAGGACCCCCUGGAGCUGUGGUUAACAUCAAAGGCGCUGUUUUCCCAAUACCUGCCCGACCACACUGUAAAACACCAGUUGAUACGGCUCACCCUGGCGACCCAGAGCUUGUCACUUUCCAUGGUGUUAAAGGAGAAAAAGGGUCCUGGGGUCUUCCUGGCUCAAAAGGAGAAAAGGGGGACCAAGGAGCUCAAGGACCACCAGGUCCUCCAGUCGAUCCAGCUUACCUGAGACAUUUUCUCAACAGCAUGAAGGGGGAGAAUGGAGAUGCUGCAUUCAGAGGAGAGUCCAACAACAACCUCUUUGUAUCAGGGCCUCCAGGACUACCAGGACACCCAGGCCUGGUUGGACAGAAAGGAGAGGCUGUCGUGGGGCCUCAGGGACCCCCAGGAAUUCCAGGCCUGCCUGGGCCACCUGGCUUUGGGAGACCUGGUGUCCCUGGACCCCCUGGACCCCCUGGGCCACCAGGACCUCCUGCCAUUCUGGGUGCAGCUGUGGCCCUUCCUGGCCCACCUGGCCCUCCAGGACAGCCAGGACUCCCUGGAUCCAGAAACUUGGUCACAGCGCUCAGCGACAUGGGUGACAUGCUACAGAAAGCUCACUUGGUCAUAGAAGGGACGUUCAUCUACCUGAGAGACAGUGGGGAGUUUUUCAUUCGUGUCCGAGAUGGUUGGAAAAAGUUACAGUUGGGAGAACUGAUCCCCAUUCCUGACGACAGCCCCCCACCACCAGCACUUUCCAGCAAUCCAUACCAGCCACAGCCUCCACUGAACCCCAUUUUAAGUGCCAACUAUGAGAGGCCGGUUCUGCACCUGGUUGCUCUGAACACACCAGUGGCUGGGGACAUCCGAGCGGAUUUCCAGUGCUUCCAGCAGGCCAGGGCUGCAGGGCUGCUGUCCACCUUCCGAGCGUUUCUGUCUUCACACUUGCAAGACCUCUCCACAGUUGUUCGGAAGGCAGAGAGAUUCGGCCUUCCAAUUGUGAACCUCAAGGGCCAAGUGCUUUUUAACAAUUGGGACUCAAUAUUUUCUGGUGAUGGAGGUCAAUUCAAUACGCACAUUCCGAUAUACUCCUUUGAUGGUCGUGAUGUGAUGACUGAUCCUUCCUGGCCCCAGAAGGUUGUCUGGCACGGCUCCAACCCCCAGGGUGUCCGUCUUGUGGACAAGUACUGUGAAGCCUGGCGAACCACAGACAUGGCGGUGACAGGAUUUGCCUCCCCACUGAGCACAGGGAAGAUUCUGGACCAGAAAGCUUAUAGCUGUGCUAAUAGGCUAAUCGUUCUGUGCAUCGAAAACAGUUUCAUGACAGACACUAGGAAGUGAUAACCUUCCCAUGAUUCUUAAAGAGUGUUCUAAUAUUUCUUACGUGAAGAGUUGACACUGAAGUCUAAAAUGUUGUAAAUAUUACAAGAUAGGUUUUUUUUUUAUAUUACACAUCUGUCAAAAGAGAAACCAAAGAAAACAUACCUCAAUAUACUCAAAAGGAAAGACGGAAGGGACUCAGAUCCAAGUCAAAUCCAAUCCACAUAUUGGUGCUAGAUUCUGCAGGAAGACCCCCGCAGUGUGAACACAUCCCUGACACAGAGUAGGGCAGUCUGAAAACAGGCCAGUGUGAUUGCCCGGUGCAUUCUUCAGAAAGUGAUUUCUUCCUUCCAACCAUGGCUGUUGAGUGUAAGAGGCCCCUACUGUUUGCUUACAACAUCAGCUUUUAGACACACAGCCCCUUCCUAAGUUAUGUGUGAACCAAGCGCUUGGCGAUUCCAUGCACGUGCGUACAGCCAGAGAAAGGGAGCUGCUCAGAAGAUCCUGCUCAUGCUGCCUCCGACAUCAGGCUUUAUUGUAGUCCCUGCUAAAAUAUUAUUGCCCUCAUGCUGUAGAGUUCUGCAUGUUUACCCAGUCACAGUUGACCAUGGCAUCUGUUGAUACAAUUCUGACUUGCUGGGAAGUUAAAAUUCUAGGAAAGAAACAGCACAGAAUCCUUCCCUUCCCCAUCGCUACUGCCCCUUCCCAUUCCACGCCCCGAUCUUAUGAUUUCCGUUUGGCAAGUCUUGAAUUACGGCUGCAGCUGAAACAGAUUGGUUGAGAUGAAUUUUCUGAAAAAAAAAAAUCUGUAUCAUUGUGCUAUAGACUUUGAUAUCUUUUUCCAUGUAAGAACAUAAAGAUGUCUUUUCCAGGU